CCCUUCUCUUGCCCUUUCACCCACCUUUCUCUCUGCCGCUCCCUAUCCCUUCUCUCACGCCCCCGCCCCCAACUCCUCACUCUGAGUUCUGGUCCUCCGCCGUGGGUAUAGGCGCAAGGUGAAGAAGAAAUCAAGAAGAUGUUUCGUGUGAGCAACAACCUGAUCGGGAUCCUCAACUUUUUGACGUUCCUCCUGUCGAUCCCGAUCGUCGGCGGGGGGAUAUGGCUGGCGACGAGGGGGAGCACCGACUGCGAGAAGUUCCUCCAGGGGCCGGUGAUUGCCGUCGGCGUGUUCUUGAUGGUCGUCUCUCUCGCGGGGCUCGUCGGUGCCUGCUGCCGCGUCACCUGGCUCCUCUGGGUCUACCUCUUCGUCAUGUUCCUCCUCAUCGUCCUCCUCUUCUGCUUCACCGUCUUUGCCUUCGUCGUGACCAAUAAGGGCGCCGGUGAGGUCGUCUCCAACCGGGGUUACAAGGAGUACCGCCUGGGGGACUACUCCAACUGGCUUCAGAAGAGGGUCAACAACAGCAAAACCUGGGCCAGGAUCCACAGCUGCAUCCAGGACAGCAAGGUCUGCCAGAGUUUGCAGGAGAAGAACCAGACCUUCCAGCAGUUCGCCAACGACAACCUCUCCCCCAUUCAGUCUGGAUGCUGCAAGCCGCCCACGGAAUGUAACUUCACCUAUCAGAGUGAAACUUCCUGGGCUAAAUCCACCAUCUCAAACUCAAGCAACCCAGACUGCAAUGCCUGGGAUAAUAAUCCUUCCAUCCUUUGCUACAACUGCCAAUCUUGCAAGGCUGGUGUGCUGGCCAACAUCAAGAAUGACUGGAAGAAGGUUGCGAUCAUCAACAUCAUAGUCCUUGUCUUCCUUAUCGUUGUCUACUCCAUCGGAUGCUGUGCCUUCAGAAACAACAGACGGGACGAUGCUUAUGGCGGAUGGAAAGGACACCCAUAGAGGGCCAGCAGGAUUCGAUGACACCUCUUCCCCCAGCUGCUACUAGUUUUCCAUUAUUUUUUUUUCUUUUUUCCGCUGUACAUUCUGGAUGUUGGCUACUUCUCCAGUGGGAUUUGCUUAGGACAUCUUCAGUUCCUAUGAUCUUUCAUCUUUUUUAGGUCAUGUUGGGUUGUUGGUUAUCUAAUAAAUAAGCAGUUAGGACCAGCUGCUUUUGGUGCACAAAACUCUAUUAUUCUUGAUGCUUUCUUUCAUACACUCUUAAAUAAUUUGGUUCUUGCAA